UUUAAGGUAAAAUAGCAGUGUGUUUUUAUGUUGGAAUUUUGUUUAUUUUGGAAUUGUCUCGUAAAUUAUAUACAUUUUGUUUUUAUAUUAUGUGCUUGCAUGCUUUAUCAAUAUUACGGAAAAUAAUUUAUAUUCAUUAUGAAAUGUAAUCAUUAAUAUUACGUAAUAUAUCACAGUUUAUAAUCCACGAAAUAUCAACCAAGAUCCCGCUACACAAACUUAGUCAACUAACAUUUAACAGUGAUCCAGUAACAUUUAAUGUCUCUGGAUAUAAAACGUACCUUUGAAGAAAACCGCUAAAAUCUUGGCUUCACUUUAAAUAUAUUAUACCAUGUAGAGUAAGAUUUGAAAUUGAAUUUAUUAAUGGUAGAAUAUUUCAGAAAGAAUUUUCGAAUAAAUUUUGUUCAGAACUUUGUAGUGAAAUCAGGUUCCGUUAAAAAAAGAUUGAAUUGAAUGAAAAUAAAGAAUAUUUGUUUAUGUGUAUGUUUUACUCUGUCAACAUCGUUAUGUAUAUAUUGUUAGUAAUACUUAUCUCCCUUUGAUAGGCUGUGGUCAAUAACCGCGAUGACGAGCGAGAACGACUACGGCAGGAAUUAAAGGCUGCCCAGGAUGAAUUAAAUAUGUUGCGGGAAAUCCAGCGACGUGUGUCAUCCUCGUCGCCUACUGACGUAACACUUGCACGGCCCACAAGUAUUAUCUCUGUGGCCUCGACAGCAUCCGAUGUUGCGGAAGAUGGUACCCUCACCCAGAUAGACUCUACCGACACGGACACAGAAAUCGCAAAGGAAGACCAACUUGAAAUUCAAACUGUGGAACCAGUCAAUGCCAUGGAGAUGGAAUUUCCUGAGACAGACACUGUCUCCACGGCAACAGAGCUGCCACAGGAAAUGGUGGAUAUUAUGGGUGAGAAUUUGGUAGGAGCAGAGCCUCCAGAAUGUGAGUCUGUUGAUGACCAGGACCCGCCGCCUCUGACAGAGGAGGAGGUUAAUACCCCUAGUGACACUCAGAAUAUCGAGGUACAUCGUGUCGACGAAGUGUUGGCAGACGAAAUCACAGAAAUUGUGGAGGACUUGAUUCAGGAACUUCCUGUAGUGGAAAGUAAUGGUGAUGGUACAGGUGGUCGACGGGAUAGUCUUGAGGACUAUGAGGAUGCCAGUGAUCGCCUUGAUCCCGAGGGGGGUGCUGGUCGGGAAAGUGGACUAGAGGAAGAUAUGGUAAUGAGCUCGGACAGGGGAGACAACCUCACCGAGAGUAGCGAGAAAGGAGAUAAUCUAACUGAGAGUGAUGUAGAAAUGCGCGAUGUGGAGGGGGAGGAGGUAGAGAAAAGAGACACUGAGGGGGAAAGCGACACGGACAACAUUAGGACACAAAGUGAUGACCAUAUUCUCUCCAGCACGGAACAAUGUGCUGUCGACAACAGGCAGCUUAUAGACAGCUCGUGUGUACUGGACAACAAGACCGACCUAGACCGUCUGACGGUGGAAGGUGGCGCCGCCCUGGAGGAGAUGACUGUAGACAUUUAGUGACUUGUAUAAUCCAUAUCUUACUUGUCAACUCGGCGGUGUGUUCACGGGUCUUGCUGUACCAGCGGCACAGGGUCACAGGUGAAUUUGUACAGGUGUAACCAUUGGUCAGUUUGUACAUUUGUGACCAUUGGUCAGUACAGGUGAGAUGUCCAGGUCCAAGUCAUUAUACGGAGUCUACUGUUGUGUUUGGAGUGUACACACACACUGUACUUACAUAUUGUACACCUGGCUUGCACAACUGUAAGUUCCCUGGAGUACAUCAUACACAGUCCGGUUUUGUACGAUCUGUAUAAACUUUUGUACCCUGAGAGGAGACUGUGUACUAUCUGUACAAGUUAUUCUUCCCCGAAGGGAGGUUUUCUCAGGGUGAGGGUCACUUGGUGUACAGCCUGUAAAAGUCUUAUCUGCCUAGGGACAUCUACCCUGAGGCGAGGUCUAACAGGUGUACAACCCUGUACAAGUUAAUCUGCCCAGGGACGAGGCUUACCUACCCUGCGAGGUUUAUCUACACAGAGGCGAGGUCUAACAGGUGUACAACCCUGUACAAGUUAAUCUGCCCAGGGACGAGGCUUACCUACCCUGCGAGGCUUACCUCUCCUGCGAGGUUUAUCUACCUUGAGGAGAGGUCUAGCGGGUGUACAAGUCCACCAUGUAUGUCAUAGUGUGCUGUUAUAGCUAGUAGCCAUCAUACAGGACUUUUUAAUGCAAUAUUCUUCCAUGUUUAAUUCUAGAAUGUGAUACAUACACUGGAAUACGUUUUAGCGACCAUGAUCAGCUUCUUAUCGAAAUGUCCCGCGAUAAUAUUGAAUACAUAGGAUUCCUAUGGAUACAAUGUUACUCAGAAACAUGCAGAACAUCUACCAGCCUUCAGCUGUGCUAAUUUGACAAGACAAACCAAACAUUUUUUAUGUGUGCUGUAAAAUGCCAUACUAUUACCAUAGCAACAUAAACAGUUAUGGUAGGGAGUUAUCAGGAGAAAAGGGUCAUUAUAGGGAGGUUUCCUAAAGCAAGGUGAUCGCAGUAGGGAGGUUUCCUAAG